GGUCCCCGUCACAGAGGCCGGGCCGCGCGCUCACCCCGCACACCCCGCGCGCGCCUCGCUCCCGGUCCUUCCGCCCGCGCGCGGCGCAGCUGGAUCGGUUCUCACUGAUGCAGAGCAUCCCUGAGCUGCGCUCUCGGCGUCUUCAGGACCCACCCUUCCUCUAGGGGACAGACAGUUGUAAACGACUAGCAAAGACACCGAGUGCGGCGGUGGCUUCACGUUGUGGUUUUUUGCAGAUACCCAUGCCCUGAGCAAUGCCUUAAUCCGUUUAAGCAACGCCUUAAAGAUUGCCUCACUUGUUUUCUUACACUGUAGUUCUCGGAGACUUAUGCCUCAAACAGGAGCGGGCCUUUUGGUACCUCUGAGGCAUGUGGGAGUGUCGGCUGUGCCCGUGUGUACGGUUAAUCCUGCUUUCAAACGGAGCACCUGGCUUAAAUCAUUAAAAGCAGAGUUCAUGACCCUGUGUUUUAAUUGCAGCCUCGUGCCGUACCCUCAGCGUGCCUGUCCCACACCUGUGCAGGAUUGUGAGGAAACAGAGAAGCGGGACGAGGGGAAGAAAUGGCAGUUUGCAGUCUGGCUGACUUCAUGGGCUACUGACAGCCUUCCUUACUGGCUGACGAAUUUGGAUACUUUUAUUCUAUGGCCUCAGCAUUAUGGUUUUCAUCAGCUCCCCUUUAUCAUGUUAAGAACUUAUCUCACUGGAAUUUGGAUACAGAAGUACCCGUUCCCGAAAAUAAAAACCUCCCACCUGGAAGGGAUGGUGCCACAGGUGAACCAUUUGGAAAUUCCAGUAGAGCAACUCAUGCUGGAACUUACUUUGUCAGAGCAUGCUCCCAAAAGAACACAGAAUAGUAAACAAGGGAUAGUCCAGUCACGGAGUUAUCCUCUCAACAAAGGAAGUGCCACGGACAACAGGGAUUUCAAAAAAUCUUCAAUGGAAACUGGCUGUAAUGUGACCAGUAAUCACAUAAGGCUCUUCGCUGCGAACCACUCACUAACAAGUGCUUCAGUGGACAAGCCAGUUGGCUCCUGCCCUGCCCUGCAGACGCCAUUAAGUCACCGCUGGCCUUAUGCUGAUGGAGACUUUUUUAAGGACAGAAAUGAGCCUCAUAUUAAUUUAUGCUCAACUCUAGGAAACAACAGUGGCGAGCUUUUAACUGCGCCAAAUUGGAAUCUGAAGUAUGGAAACGGCAGUGUGGAAGAAAAUUUAACAGAUGAAAGUGAUUUAUCAGAAAAUGAAAAAGCAAACGAUACUUUACUCAGCUAUUUUAAAAACAUGGACCUGAACUUAAAGCCAGAAACAAUAGAAAAUGUUGAAGGCUCUUUCACAGAAGAACCAAGUGAAGUAUUUCCAUAUCCUGAUUUUCUUCCCCCUCCUUUCCAUACCCUGGACUUGCACAAAUUAGCCAUCUCAAAAUCUGAAAGUUGGAAAAUGACAGUGGAGCCUCUGGACAGCUCUCUGGAACAUUUGGUAGCUCGUUUACUGGACAUAGAGAGAUUGCAGCGCAUGACUAUUCAAAGAGAACGGCCGAGACUGCAGACUUCCAUCUGUGCUCCCUUAGCCACCCAACGACCCUCUUCCUCCAAAGCUGUACCCAAAAUGAGACAGCCCAAACCUUCCGACUCUGUGGGUCUUCAGACAACUUGUGUCGAGAAAAGUCACGAGGAAAGGAAAACCAAUUCGGGUUCUUGCAAGCUUGAAUACAAUGCUCCCAAGUGGAAUUGCAGCCGUGCUGGGAAAUACAAGUGGAAUUCUAGACCAGCUCUGAAAACCUCACCCACCACAAAACAGGUGACUGCAGCUUACGACGACUUUAAGAACCCCAAGGUCUCCAUUUUAAACCCAUGCCAAGAACUCUCAGCCAAGCCUGCUCCUGCCCAGACAACUCAGUUGCUGGUUAAAAUGGUCUCACCCAGAUGUCUGCCACCAAAGUCUCCUACACCAGUUUCACCUAUACCUCUGUCUUUUCCUGAAAAUCAGAGGGAAGAAAUUAAGGCACCACCAAGGACCAGAAAGAAACUUUACCGAAAAGACAUGGUACUGAACAGACCAUUCUGUAUUCAGAAGCUAAACUGUUAAUCACCUUUGUUGAUAGCUAAGGAUACGUGCUCACCCACUGACCAAAAAUAACUCUUCUUUCCUGCGUCUCAACGUGAGCAAGUCUAUUCCAAGAAGCCUGGCUAAAAUAUGGUUCCUCAUUCCGAGAUACAGGUGUUACACACACACACACACACACACACACACACACAACGUGG